AGUAUGCUCGUUUUUACUAUGGUUGCGAUCCGCCAGUAAACACAGCGAGUCUCUUUAAAGGAGAGGAGUUGUCUGGCCAAAAAAUCGCUCUAUUUGUCACUAGGCGGGUUUUUUUAAUAAUAAUACAUUUUUAAAAAAGCUAAAGGGGUCUUCCAAGUUGUCGAGCGAGAAAGUCGUUAAGUUGGUAACACUGCCACGGUGGUGAAACCUGCAGCCUAAUUGAGAGAGAAGAUGCCAGCAGCAGAGGAAUCACAUGGAGUCAACAAAGUUGUGGACAACAUCUGUAGGCUUUCUCCAGAUCUGUUGGCAGAAGCAUGUCAGCACAUUCUGACUUAUCUUCAAGGACAGACUAGAGGAGUAGAUUCAGCUGAAAUUUCUGAUAGAUUUCAGAGAGCUGGAGUCAGACUUGAUCAUGAAGCUCUACAGAGCAUGAUCAGAUUUCUCUUGUUAACAUUCAGGUCAGCUGGGAAGAACAACCUCUCUGGGGAUGACCUUGUGUCGCGGCUGGAAGAAGGCAGUAGUAACACAUGGCCUAAAGCUUCCCUUCAGGUGUUCCACAGGUUGUGGAGUGAACAUGGUGCAUUAGUCCAUGCUCAGCAGGAGGUCCAGGCCAUGCUCAGUAUCAGCCAAUUAGUGGACAUGCAGUGGAAGCUUGGCAUGGCCGUGAGCUCCGACACCUGCCGAUCUCUCAACUCCCCAUAUGUGUCUCUACUGCUGAAGAUCGUUGAGCCCUCUGGACAGAUUUGUCAGCGGUCUUUUGAGAUGACCAUUCCACAGUUCCAGAACUUUCACAAGCAGUUCAAGGAGAUGGCAGCUGUUAUGGAGACUGUAUGAUGGUUGCAAGCACACCCAAGUGCUUGUCGCAAUUACACCCCAGUUUACAUGCAACCAAUGAAAGAACAGUUUGACACGUUUGUCUGCUGGCUGUCUCAAUUGUCUGCGUUGCACUUCCAUUUUUCCACAGAUUGCUCCUAAAUGAUUUUUAGGACCUCCAGUUGUUAAAAUAGUUGAAAAUGCCUGUAUUCACUUUAAAUGCCAAGAUUGAAGUGUACUUCUUCCCAUCAACUUAUCCAGGUGUCAUGAAUUUAAUUUUAGGGACAUGUACUGUACACUCAGUUGCCAGUUUAUUAGGCACACCUAGCUAAAACUAAUGCAGUCUUAACACGACCGUCCUGCAAUAAAUCCUACCUUCAUGAAGGUUAGAAUGUUCUAGGUUUGUGGUGCUGUUCAACUGUAUUGCAUUAUACAGAGAGGUGUUUCUGUUGUUUAGCCUACACUCACUUCAGUUGGCCUCUGAUUUUGUACUUUAGACUGAACAGAAAGAAAAUACGUUGCCACAGUGAACACAACAACUGCUUAUGUUGCUGUAUUUUUAUCUAGGGUAAGAGAUUGUGAUUAGCCCACAAUACAGCAUCCUGUGUACUAUAUAGUUUGAAUAUGGUGGCUAAAAUUUCAUAUAAACUUUGCAGCACAGUUUUUAGUUUGAAAAGCUUGUGACUUAAAAUGAUCCAUGUGAACUUUUUACAGUCCUUUUGCUUUUUGUUGAUGUUGAUAAUAAAUUAUGAAUACUUA